AUGACAUUCGCCUAUCCACGCAGCACGGGUGCCUCUUCCCUUCCCCUCUUCAACCAAAACCAGUCGUCUCGUUCGCAAAAUAUCCUAAGUCGCGCGUGGGACUGCAUUCCCUCAGCAGCAAAACAAUGGCUUCCCGGGAGUGUCAGCCAGGUAAUUGGAAGGAACCAGGAGAGUGAAGGGAUCAAGACGACCGCAAUCAACAUUUUGAAACGUAUUUUCGCGAUCUCCAAUGCUGUCAUCCUACUAUGGAUGUUCUCGAUUCGGUGGGGAGAACGGACGGUAUUUGAGGACAGCAUCAACAAAUGCCGCUGGGACAGUUGGGAGGAAUGGCCUCAAGGCGCCACGCCACACCACAUUGCCUUUAUCGCCGACCCCCAACUUGUUGAUCCCCACACUUACCCCGGUCGACCAUGGCCUCUCUCGACGUUGACUGUCAAAUACACCGACCAGUAUAUGCGACGGUCAUUCUCCUUGAUACAAGAUCACCUCGAGCCGGACUCAGUGCUGUUUCUUGGUGACCUUUUCGACGGUGGCAGAGAAUGGGCCACGGCUAUUAGUAGCAGCCCCGAAUCGCGUUGGAAGAAGUACAAAGACUCCUUCUGGAAGAAAGAGUUCCGGCGAUUCAUUAGAAUAUUUGUGGACCCGUGGGUGAAAUCAGUGACAACACCUGUCGAUGGACGAGGGCGCAGAAUGAUUGCCAGUCUGCCUGGCAAUCAUGAUCUUGGGUUCGGUAACGGCAUCCAAGAACCCGUCCGUGAUCGAUUCGAAUCUUUUUUCGGAAACCCCAAUCGUGUCGAUGUUAUUGGUAAUCACACUUUCGUUUCAGUGGACACUCCCUCACUGAGCGCGAUGGACCAGCCCGAUCCAUUGACGGGCAGCUCUCCAACAGCCAGCGAUGAGAACCGUCCCCAACGGCCGAUCUGGAAAGAUGCAGAUGACUUCCUGGAUAAGAUGGCUAUCCACAAGGCGAAGGCGGAGACGGACGAGCUGCGAAUGCUUCAAAAUCAGACUGGGGGGCAUACUGUCUUCGAUUAUCGGGUUGUCGAUGCCGUCGAGCCCGCCAUCCAUGAAAAACCUCAGCCAGUUGGCGCCGGCUUUCCUACUAUUAUUCUCACACAUGUUCCUCUCUACCGCAAGCCAGCCACUCCGUGUGGUCCUCUUCGCGAACGCUACCCGCCAUCCUCAUUGGACGAGGAAUUGGCAGAGGACGAGCCUAACUCUCUGAAAAUUUCUGGAGGCUAUCAAUACCAGAAUGUCCUAACGCAAACUGUUUCCACCGAACUGGUUUCCAAAGCAGGACCCAACGUCGUCCAGGUGUACUCCGGCGACGAUCAUGACUACUGUGAAGUGUCCCAUCGGGAAUUCAACGGCUCGCCCAACGAAAUCACAGUCAAGAGCAUUUCCUGGGCAAUGGGAGUCCGUCACCCGGGCUUCGUACUCACCAGUCUGUGGAAUCCAAUUGAUCCCAAGACGGGGAAAGCCCUCCAAGACGGAUCUCCACCCACUAUCCAAAACCACCUCUGUAUCCUCCCAGACCAGCUGGGGAUAUUCGUCUAUUACCUCACUAUCCUAGGCCUCAGCGUCUCGAUCCUCUUUCUCCAUUCCAUCUACCGCGUUCUCUACAACCCAGAACCACCCUCAUCCGACGUCAUUCUCCCCCUCACCGAGCGCCGCUCUCUCCCCCACCAGCACCACACCUCCGGUGCGUCCAGCUCUACCCUCUCAUCGGCGGGUGGCUUAGCCAGCCGCAACGGCAUGGCAGCCUCCACCCGCUACCCCGGCACCAAAACCCCGGAAGAUGCUUAUCGGGAUACAGACGACCACUUUGAGGCCGUUGCUUCAAGGGACAAGGCUGCAUGGCGCCCCGCCUCAAGUACCCGCUCCCGAUCGACAGUGUCUCUCAUCCUCCAGGAUCUGUAUCACUCUAUCAAGUUUGUGGCGCAGGUAGUGCUAGCCAUGUAUUUCAUCCUGAUCUGGCGCUGGUAG